AUGGAAAAAUACAGCCCAACCGAGCCUUUGCAUCAACGUCUGCUAAGCCAAGACUGUGCUGACGACGGUGAGAGCAGCAGCAGCAAUUUUGGCUUCUCCAUGCCUCAACCUACGUCGGUGCGGAGCAGGCUGAGGGACAACAUCGCUGGUUUUGUUUGCUGUCUGUUGCUCUGCUAUAUUGCUGUCAUCUCAACCAUCAACUUCGCAACCAAGAGCGGCGGCGGCGGCUCGUCGCACCGCACAGCACAAGAGUCAUUCAGUAGCAUGUUUCCAGCGCUUCCUGACCUGCACAUUGAGUAUCAAAAGCGGGUCGAAUGGGUCGACCCCCGACCUCACCCCUUCAACCUGCCCGUGUCGGACGCGCUCGACACGGCCUGGGAGGACCUCCUCUACAGCCUCAACGUCCGCGUCCGCCCUCAUGAGAUGCAGCUCAUCAACGAGACCAUGGUCAACCGCGCCCGGGUCACGGGCGACGGGUACGCCGCGGCGAUGGGCAUCUGGCACGAGCUCCACUGCCUGAAUAACCUGCGCAAGCUGCUGCACUGGGACUAUUACGGCCCCAAGUACGGCGGAAAGGAGAAUCCCGAGGCAUUUGGGAAGGGGCACUCAGACCACUGCAUCGAUAUGAUCCGCCAAUCGCUCAUGUGCAGGCCCGACACCUCGCUUUACCCCUUCCACUGGGGCGCGGACGGCAUACCCAGCAACCACGUCAAGGCCAAGACCCCCAAGACAUGCGUCAGGUGGGACAGCCUGGAGACCUGGGCGCAAAAGAGGGCGUUGAGGCCGGGCGAGUACUCCUACGUCAGGGAUCACUCUGCCAAUGAGCAUUCAAAGGCCAGGGGGCAGAAGAAUAAGCCUGAGUCCUCCUGA